AUGUCUCUAGCAGAUGCCAUCGAUGGCGGCAACGCCCCCAAUCACAACCGACCCGAGACCUUCAUUAGUCCUAUGCACCGCAAGCUGUAUGACUCUGGGGUGACCUUUGAAGAGUAUUUACAUUAUGCGAAACGCACAAGAGCGGAGGAAGAGGUGGAGCAACAGAUCCCUCAAACAGGACUUCUGCAGCGGGUCUUUCGCAGGCAUUCGGCAGCUGUCGUGACCACAGGGACAACGCCACAUAAUGGUGCCAGCUCGGAACAAAGUCCUGAUAUAACCGAUAAAACCGCAGAUGGCAAAGACAACGGUGAAGGGGCAGGCCACAAACGCCGCAGAAGUGUUUUGUCUGGGCAUGGCUUGAUCACGGAAGAGGAAUGGCGAAAUGCUUCUCGUGCCUUGAGGACCGCAAGCUGGGGUGCUGGCUUCUAUCUCAUCACGACCGACAUCCUCGGGCCCUAUGGCGUUGGCUUUGCGCUAGGUACGCUGGGCUGGGGUCCCGGUGUCACUCUCUACACCGUUUUCGCUUUCAUGGCUGGGUACUCUGGGUAUCUGAUUUGGCAGGUGUACCUGGGUCUUGACUCGUACGAGUUCCCUCUCCGGAACUAUGGUGACCUCGCCUAUCGAACAAUGGGCAAUGGGGCCCGCUACGUGGUCAACAUCCUCCAGUCCAUCCAGCUGCUCCUCAUUACCGGCCAGGUCAUCAUCCAGAACGGACAAGGCAUUUCUCAAACGUCCAAGUUCAGGCUCUGCUAUGUCGUUUGUGUCGUCUUGUUCGUGGUUGCCGGGUUUUUCAUGGGCCAGGUGCGUACGUUGCGCAAUAUCGGCGUCUUCUCCAUGAUCGCCGUGGGCAUCAAUCUGCUAGUGAUCUUCAUCUCCAUGGGAGUGAUGGCGCAUUCGCCCCCCAACUACGAGAUCAGCGUGCUCGGCUCUGCAGGCUCAGCCGUCAACCCAGCCACCAUCACUCCGGAUGCUCAAGGCAACUAUCCUCCCAUCAUUCACUAUGGCGGGCUCCCCGAGUCAGGCAACUUUGUCGGAGCCAUCAAUGGCCUGAUGUCCGGCGUCUUUGCGUAUGGCGGCGCCCAGCUUUUCGUCGAAAUCAUGGCCGAGAUGCGGCGGCCCUGGGACUUCAUCAAAUCGAUGUGGAUUGCUCAAUUCUUCAUCUGGGCUGUCUACCUCAUCUAUGGGUGCUAUGUGUACCAUUACCAGGGCCAGUACGCCUACACCAUCUCGUACAUGGGGUUGAGUGUCUACGGCUUCCAAGCCGCCUGUGACAUGAUGGUGGUCAUUUCCGGGCUGAUCGCCGCCGGUCUGUACGGCAAUAUUGGCAUCAAGGUGCUGUACAACCAGGUCUUUCAGGAAAUGUUCAAUGCGCCGUCUCUCACCUCGAAGAGCGGCAAGUACAUAUUCGCGGCCAUCGUCCCCAUUUACUGGAGUGUGGCUUUUGUCAUUGCCGCGGCCAUCCCGGACUACUUCGGAUUUGUUUCGGUCAUUGCUGCCUUUUGCAUCGUGCAGUUCAGCUAUUCGUUCCCGCCCAUCAUACAUUUGGCGUACACUAUGCAGAAGAACUCGAUGGGCGAAGGCGAUGGCUUCAACCCGGCAACCGGCCAGACUAUUCGAAGUCGACACGGUCUCUCGCGACUAGUGAAAGGAUUCUUUGCCGAUCGUUGGUACAUCAAUGUCUGGCACGUCAUCCAUGCUGGUGGUGCGCUGGCGACGGCGGGACUGGGUGCUUAUGCUGCUGUCGAAGGCAUGAUCGACGCUUUCAAAAACCCGCAGGUCAAUUCCUUUACCUGUACCAGUCCCCUCAAUCUGAGUCCGGGCUCAGGGUCUUGA